GGAUAGAGCAGCAGGAUGGGACGCUAGCAGCGGCAACAGGGAGGAGGAAACACAAAAACAGAGCUCAGGGAAGUCUUUCUGACACUUAUACAAUGAAAAAGAGGCAGUGAGGAGCUGGUGAACGUUGCGACCAUGAUCCGGACACUCAGCGGGGCGACGUUUAGGGCUGCCGGGGCAGCGCAGCCGAUAAAGGACGUAACAACCAGGCGGCUCCACAGCACAUAUGACGUGGCCGUGGUGGGGGCAGGCAUCGUGGGCCUGGCGACAGUCAGAGAGCUCAUUCUGCGACACCCAUCGCUCAGCUUCGUCCUACUGGAGAAAGAAAAAGAGCUUGCUAUGCACCAGAGUGGGCACAACAGUGGGGUCAUUCACAGCGGGAUCUACUACACGCCGGGCUCGCUGAAGGCCCGUCUGUGUGUGCGCGGAGCCACUUUAGCCUACGAGUACUGUGAGAAGAAAGGACUCCCUUACAUCAAAUGUGGAAAGCUUAUCGUGGCUGUGGAGCAGGAGGAGAUACCCAGGCUGAAAGCUUUAUAUGAACGCGGCAUGAAGAACAAUGUGCGGGACCUCGGUAUAGUCGACGCCAAGGGAAUCCGAGAACGCGAGCCGUACUGCAGGGGUAUCAUGGCCUUGGAUUCGCCCUACACUGGCAUCGUGGACUGGAGGAUGGUGGCUCUCAGGUACGGCCAAGACUUUGUGGAGGCUGGCGGCAAGGUGAUAACUGAUUCUGAGAUUAAUGACAUUUCCAUGGUCAAGGAGAGCCCAGCUGGGAGCACGGAAGGAAUGAAAUAUCCGAUCGCAGUCAAAGACAAAAAGGGUAACGAGGUGCGGUGCCGUUAUGUCCUGACCUGUGGAGGCCUGUACUCAGACCGCCUGUCGCAGAUAUCAGGAUGCAGUCGAGAGCCUCGGAUCGUCCCCUUCAGAGGAGAUUAUCUGGUCCUGAAGCCAGAGAAACACUAUCUGGUCAAGGGAAACAUCUACCCUGUCCCUGACCCUCGUUUCCCUUUCCUCGGAGUUCACUUCACCCCGAGGAUGGAUGGAAGUGUUUGGCUCGGCCCCAACGCCGUCCUUGCCUUCAAAAGAGAGGGAUACAAAAUUUACGACUUCAAUGUCCGAGACUUUGCAGAUGCGCUCUCAUUCAGGGGCCUUCAGAAGCUGGUAUUGAGGAACAUUACGUACGGAAUUGGAGAGAUGUAUCGAGGGAUUAACAUUAACGCACAGGUUAAACUCCUGCAGAAGUACAUCCCUGAAAUCUCGUCAAGUGACGUGCUCAGGGGGCCAGCAGGAGUUCGAGCUCAGGCUCUCGACCGAGACGGAAACCUUGUGGACGACUUUGUGUUUGACGGCGGGGUCGGGGACGUGGGCAGCCGGGUGCUCCACGUGCGUAACGCUCCCUCCCCAGCGGCCACCUCCUCCCUCGCCAUCGCUGAAAUGAUCGCAGAUGAGGUGGAGAGUCGCUUCUCUCUGUAGAGCAACACAGUGAUCACAGACGUAAAAACAGCAAACCAAAAAUCAUCCAGCUUGAGGUUGCAAAAUGAAACUAUGUUGUGUCAAGCUGUCACUACCUCAGCAUCACUGUCAUCAGAGCGGAGACGUUUUCAUUACAGGUCAAGCCUUAAUUUAGCGCAGGAAGUCACGUAUAUGUGACUUGAUUACAUUUUAAGACUGUUUUAUGUACGUAGUGCUGUUUCAGGUCGCGCAGUAUGUUUACUCCACUACAUUUCAAGUUAAAAUUAAUUUUUCUGCACUACAUCUCUGUCUAAAACAAAAGUGCAUCAUGAGUUACGCUUAGUGGAAAUUUUAAGUAUUAAAAAAACGGUUCAGCUUCAGUAAUAUUAUCAACUUGGACAUGCUGUCUGGAAUGUGAAUAUAACCUUUUUGGGAGAUUGAUCAUUUUAAGAUUAGAGAGUGUGAAUCUGCCUUGGAUUUUUUUCUUUUACUUUUGGAUAUGUUGUGUAUUUUAUCGUCUGUAUGGUUUUUUUUUAUUACAUAACCAUUUUUGGGAGACGAUGAUACGAUGAUGCCUAGUUUUCUGCCGACAAUAUAAGAAGAUUGGGUGUAAUUUUUGAACAGUAGUUGAAACUGUAACGCAAUUAACGCACAGUCGUACCUGCAGAACGCACAGUUUGGAAAACAGACGGGUUGUUUUUGGGGCAUUUUGUCUUCCAAAAUAAUUUUAUGACAUUAAAAGAAAUUGAAAUCA